GGGGAGCUCUCCUGCGACAGCGGGACCCGGGUUCGAGUGUUUGAUUUUCUGAGCCAGCGCGUGACGGAGCACCACGUGGACCCCUCCCCCCCGUGGGCCUCAGGGCUGGGGGGUCACGGGGGGGGCGACUUUCACCUCAUGGACAGAUUCAUCUCCGCAGUCGCUCGUUGUGACCCGGCUCUGAUCCUGUCCGGCCCAGAGGAGACGCUGCAGAGUCACCUGCUGGUGUUCCAGGCUGAGCGAGGCGCGCAGAGAGGGGGUGGUGCUGAGCUGCGGGGGAGAGGGGAGGGGAGAGGAGAGGAGAGAGGGGAGAGGGGAGAGCAGAGAGGAGAGACACUGAGAGGGGAGGAGAGAGGGGAGAGGAGAGGAGGGAGAGAGGAGAGACACUGAGAGGGGAGGAGGGAGAGGAGAGAGGGGAGAGGGGAGAGC